CCACACACUCCUCUACUCAGCUGCAGUUUACUCAGCUGAUCAUCAUUAAUCUCAAUAUCUGUAAUUAAUUCUGCAAGUUCUAGUCUAUAUAUAAUAUCAUUAUUAAGAACGUAUUAUUAUAUAUAAAAUCAGCUCGUUUUGUGGUUCCUUCGGUUUCCAGUUUUAAUUAAACCAGCCUAACGGUGUUCCCUGUCCAGAUGAAGGUGUGGACUCUGCUAUGAGUCAGUGUGAGGACCGAGAGGAGGGAGCCCCUCCCUCUAAAGCCACUCUGGGUGGGGAACAUGACAGCCAGACCAAAGCUCAGAGCCCAGAGAAGCAGCAGAGAUCUGGACCUGGACCUGGACCCAGCUGCAUGUCCAUGAAGAGUGACCGGUCUAAGGGUUGUUUUAUAAACUUCAAAGAUGGGCGCCACUCUGCUGCUCAAAGAGUGGACCAGGAGAGCUCAGAGGGUCCCAGUGGUCAGUCUGCCCAGCAGCAUCAAACACACCUGGACUCCAUAUUUAUGCUGCUGGAGGGGCUGGCUGACCGUCUGCAGAGGAGAAGUCUUGCUGCAGGUGGUAGGCGUAAACUCAAAUCUAAACUGCAGAAGAAGUUCCAGCGUGUGUUUGAGGAGAUUGCUAAAGCAGGAAACCCAACCGUUCUGAAUCAGAUGUUCACAGAGAUCUACAUCAUAAAGGGAGGGACUGCAGAGGUCAAUGCUGAACAUGAGGUCAGACAGAUUGAAUCAGCAUCCAGGAAACCAGGUAGACCAGAAACAAGAAUCAGAAGAGAAGACAUCUUUAAAACCCCACCAGGAAGAGAUGAACCAAUCAGAACAGUGAUGACGACAGGAGUGGCUGGCAUCGGGAAAACAGUCUUAACACAGAAGUUCGCUCUGGACUGGGCUGAAGACAAAGCCAACCAGGACAUCCAGUUCACAUUUCCAUUCAAAUUCAGAGAGCUGAAUGGCCUGAAAGAUAAAAAGUACAGCUUGGUGGAACUUGUUGAUCGCUUCUUUAGUGAAACCAAAAAAGCAGGAAUCUGCAGGUUUGAAGAGGUCGUGUUCAUCUUGGACGGUCUGGAUGAGUGUCGACUUCCUCUGGACUUCCUCAACACUGAGAUCCUGACUGACGUUACAGAGUCCACCUCAGUGGAUGUGCUGCUGACAAACCUCAUCAGGGGGAAACUGCUUCCCUCUGCUCGUCUCUGGAUAACCACACGACCUGCAGCAGCCAAUCAGAUCCCUCCCGAGUGUCUUGACAUGGUGACAGAGGUCAGAGGGUUCACUGACCCACAGAAGGAGGACUACUUCAGGAAGAGAUUUAGAGAUGAGGAUCAGGCCAACAGAAUCAUCUCCUACAUCAAGACAUCACAAAGCCUCCACAAUAUGUGCCACAUCCCAGUCUUCUGCUGGAUAACUGCUGCAGUUCUGGAGGACGUGUUAAAGACCACAGAGGGAGAAGAGCUGCCCAAGACCCUGACUAAGAUGUACAUCCACUUCCUGGUGGUUCAGUCCAAAGUGAAGAACAUCAAGUAUGAUGGAGGAGCUGAGAUGGAUCCACACUGGAAUAAAAAGAGUAGGAAGAUGAUGGAGUCUCUGGGAAAACUCGCUUUUGAGCAGCUGCAGAAAGGCAACCUGAUCUUCUAUGAAUCAGAUCUGACAGACUGUGGCAUCGAUAUCAGAGCAGCCUCAGUGUGCUCAGGAGUGUUCACACAGAUCUUUAUAGAGGAGAGAGGACAGUACCAGGACAAGGUGUUCUGCUUCAUCCAUCUGAGCGUUCAGGAGUUUCUGGCUGCUCUUCAUGUCCAUCUGACAUUCACCAACUCUGGAGUCAACCUGCUGACAGAAGAACAAAUAUCCUGCCAGUGGUUUCUACUUAUAAACAAACCUGAACCAUCACAGUUCUACCAGAGUGCUGUGGACAAGGCCUUACAGAGUCCAAAUGGACACCUGGACUUGUUCCUCCGCUUCCUCCUGGGUCUUUCACUGCAGACCAAUCAGAGUCUCCUACGAGGUCUGAUGACACAGACUGGAAGUAGCUUACAGACCAAUCAGAAAACAGUGGAGUACAUCAAGAAGAAAAUGGAUGAGAAUCUGUCUGCAGAGAGAAGCUUCAAUCUGUUACACUGUCUGAAUGAACUGAAUGAUGGUUCUCUAGUGGAGGAGAUCCAGCAGUUCCUGAGUUCAGGAAGUCUCUCCACAGAUAAACUGUCUCCUGCUCAGUGGUCAGCUCUGGUCUUCAUCUUACUGUCAUCAGAAGAAGAAGAUCUGGACAUGUUUGACCUGAAGAAAUACUCUGCUUCAGAGGAGGCUCUUCUGAGGCUGCUGCCAGUGGUCAAAGCCUCAAACAAAGCUCUGCUGAGUGGCUGUAAGCUGUCAGAGAGAAGCUGUGAAGCUCUGUCCUCAGUUGUCAGCUUCCAGUCCUCUAGUCUGACAGAGCUGGACGUGAGUAACAACAACCUGCAGGAUUCAGGAGUGAAGCAGCUGUCGGCUGGACUGAAGAGUCAACACUGCAGACUGGAAACUCUCAGACUGAGUGGUUGUAACCUGUCAGAGAUAAGCUGUGAAGCUCUGUCCUCAGUUCUCAGCUCCCAGUCCUCUAGUCUGAGAGAGCUGGACCUGAGUAACAACAACCUGCAGGAUUCAGGAGUGGAUCAGCUGUCAGCUGGACUGAAGAGUACACACUGCAGACUGGAAACUCUCAGUCUGUCAGGCUGUCUGGUCUCACAGGAAGGCUGUACUUGUCUGGUCUCAGCUCUGCGCCUCAACCACUCCCAUCUGAGAGUGCUGGACCUGAGCUACAAUCAUCCAGGACACUCAGGAGUGAAUCUGCUGUCAGCUGGACUUAAGGAUCCAAACUGGAGACUGGACACUCUCAGGAUGGACCAUGGUGGACUGCAGUGGUUGAGACCUGGUCUGAGGAAGUAUGUCUGUGAACUGCAACUGGACACAAACACAGUAAAUGGAAAACUUAAACUGUCUGACAACAACAGGAAGGUGACAAAUGUGGGAGAGGAUCAGUCAUAUCCUGAUCAUCCAGACAGAUUUGACUUCUGGGAACAACUGCUGUGUAAAAAUGGUCUGACUGGUCGCUGUUACUGGGAGGUCGAGAGGAGAGGAGGAGUUGAUAUAGCAGUGAGUUACAGAGGAAUCAGCAGGAGAGGAGACAGUAAAGACUGUUGGUUUGGAUGGAAUAAUCAGUCCUGGAGUCUGAUCUGCUCUGAUCGUGGUUACUCUGUCUGGCACAAUAACAUAAGAACAGUCCUCACUUCCUCCUCGGUCUCUAACAGAGUAGCAGUGUAUGUGGACUUUCCUGCUGGCUCUCUGUCCUUCUACACAGUCUCCUCUGACUCACUGAUCCACCUCCACACCUUCAACACCACAUUCACUCAGCCUCUCUAUCCUGGGUUUAUGGUCUGGUCUGGUUCCUCAGUGUCUCUGUGUUAUCUGCAGGACUGAGAGUCUCUCCUGUGGACAGAAACACUUUAUGAUUCCUGUCAUCAGCUGACUCUCUUUACCUGAGGAUACACUGUAUAAAGCUGAGUGAAUGUGAUGUUACUUUAAAUUUUUGGUAAAUCUGUGUCCAUGGAUAUGAGCUGUACCAAGAGCUUCUCUGAUAUCAGAUUUGUAUUUUAUAUGCAAGAAAGAACAACUGAGGAUAAAAUAUUAAACUUAAAGUCUGAAACUGA